GAAGGAAACAAAAAAAGAGAGAAAAAAAAAGAUCUGAGAGAGAGAGUUUCGAAAUUCUUGUGUUUGUAAGCAAAAAUGGUUUGGGAGAAAGAGAAGAUCGUCGGAAGUUGUAUAGUCGGAGGAGCUGCGUUCGCCGUCGGAGCUUCUUUCCUUCAUCUUUUCCUUAAAGGUGAGCUUCCGUUAGGAUUAGGUUUAGGUUUGUCUUCUCCAUGGCGCAUUUUGAGAAAACGAAAACCUGUUCGCGUUUACAUGGAUGGUUGCUUCGAUAUGAUGCACUAUGGCCACUGCAACGCUCUUCGUCAAGCUCGUGCUCUCGGUGACCAAUUGGUCGUCGGUGUUGUUUCCGACGAAGAAAUCAUAGCUAACAAAGGACCUCCUGUUACUCCUCUUCAUGAAAGAAUGACAAUGGUGAAAGCUGUGAAGUGGGUGGAUGAAGUUAUAUCUGAUGCUCCUUACGCUAUUACGGAAGAUUUCAUGAAGAAAUUGUUCGAUGAGUAUCAGAUCGAUUACAUUAUCCAUGGUGAUGAUCCUUGUGUUCUUCCUGAUGGAACUGAUGCUUAUGCACUUGCUAAGAAGGCUGGUCGUUACAAGCAGAUUAAGCGUACAGAAGGAGUUUCUAGCACUGAUAUCGUUGGUCGUAUGCUUCUUUGUGUAAGAGAAAGAUCCAUUAGUGACACUCAUAGUCGUUCCUCUCUGCAAAGGCAAUUUAGUCAUGGGCAUAGUAGCCCAAAGUUUGAGGAUGGAGCUUCUUCUGCUGGUACUCGCGUCUCGCAUUUUCUUCCUACUUCCCGCAGGAUUGUUCAGUUCUCCAAUGGAAAGGGGCCAGGACCUGAUGCACGCAUAAUCUACAUCGAUGGUGCUUUUGAUCUUUUCCAUGCUGGCCAUGUUGAGAUUCUUAGACGUGCUCGAGAGCUUGGAGACUUUCUUCUUGUUGGAAUACAUAAUGACCAGACUGUCAGUGCUAAAAGAGGAGCUCAUCGUCCAAUCAUGAAUCUCCAUGAAAGGAGCUUAAGCGUUCUGGCAUGCCGUUACGUGGAUGAGGUGAUAAUUGGUGCUCCAUGGGAAGUGUCGAGAGAUACGAUCAUGACAUUUGACAUUUCGUUGGUGGUACAUGGGACAGUAGCCGAAAGCGAUGAUUUUCAAAAGGAGGAAGAUAAUCCGUAUUCUGUACCAAUUAGCAUGGGCAUAUUCCAAAUUCUAGAAAGCCCUCUUGAUAUCACAACGUCCACCAUAAUCAGGAGGAUUGUAGCAAACCAUGAAGCUUAUCAGAAACGUAAUGCGAAGAAGGAAGCUAGCGAGAAAAAGUAUUACGAGCAGAAGUCGUUUGUGUCCGGAGACUGAUAGAGCUAUAUGCUUUAGCUUUUUAAAUCUAUCUACAUCUUGUACUUUGACUAUAGUAGGAUGUUUUUGGUUGAGACUCCAAAUGCUACAUACUACAUUUUGUUCUCUAGUUUUUACUUUACAUAAAGAGGGGCAUUGAUG